AUGGCCAAAGAAUAUGGGGAAGUUUCAUAUCAGAAAUUUGAUGGCAUUACCAAAAUUCUAGAUCUUCAUCACCAAGCCAUGAUAGUUUUGGAAAAGAAAGUCUCACAGAGGUUUAAUCAUGUUGAAAGAGAAAUCAGAGAUCUAAAAGGGAUGGUGGCCUCUCACUGUAACAAUUUUUCUGUACCAAGCACUUCCAUCAGUUUUGAAGACCUGAUCUCUCACCCACUAUCUCCUGAUCACUAUGAGCUUGCACCACCUAUCUCACCUAUACCCACUUCUCCCAUUUCUACUUCACCAUCUAUACCUUCUACCUCUCCCACUCCUCCUCCUACCUUAGCCCUUAUCACAGUCCCUCAGUCUACUCCCUCUAUGCUACUUCCAUCCAUUCCUCAAAUUGUCUCUCCAUUUAUUCAGCUUCUCCCUCUUCCCAUCUCAAUCACCUUGCCUUCCCCACCUUCUGAUACUAACAAAAAAGGGGAGAAGGAAUCUGUUUAG